AUGAUAACCGGCACUUUGGGGACGUUGCCGCUUGCCAUCAGAGCUGCAGGAGUCUUGGGCAUGAAGGCUCCGGGAUGGUCUGGCUCCACGCAGGGCACGAAGGGCAGGAUCAUGGACUUGGCGAUCUCCUCCUCCGUGAAGCAGGCGCCUAUGUGGGUGACGAGGGACAAGGCGGGUGCCUCGCGCAGCCAUUUCGCCAGGGCGACGGGGUCCUCCGCGGUCUUCGGCUCGCAGCCCGCCGCCAGCGCCAGGCUUUUGGCGCGGGCGAUCGGGUCGUGGAUAACGGCCCAAGGGCAGAAGGCGCUGCCGCUUUCACGUGCUCUUAGGCAAAGCCUGUCAGUGAUAAAAAUGUUAAGCAAAGAUUCAUGCAUUGAUUUUGGACUAGAAAAUGUAGAACUUAAAGCAUAUGCCGUGAUCAAAACCUGUACAGUAGCUACGCCGCAGUUGCGAAUCCCUUACUCACCGGGCAGCAGGAAGAUGCCCUCGUGCGACGUGAGGCCGAAGACGAUGGGCACGCGCUGCGCGGCGCCGUUGGCCAGCAGCGCGUCGGGCUCGUCGGGCAGGAACGGGUCGCUGGCCGCCGCGGGCUCCACGCACGGCACGAAGGUGGCCAGCACGCCCCGGCGCCGCUCCUCGCUCGUCUUGGCCGCGUCCACCGCCGCCACCAGCGCCUCGGCCGGCGCGGCGCGCAGCCACUUGAGCAGCGCCGACGCGCUCUCGCUCGUGCGACAAAUGUUCGCACAGGAUCCAGAAUUCGACCCUUCUGUUAUCAGAACGUGCAAGUGUUACCUUUGGCGAACAGAUAAUAAACCUGAAGGAUUAUUUCGGAAGGAGAGUCGAAUACCUAAAUCAGAGCCCUAG